AUGGCCGCCAAUAGUUUGACUAUUGAAACAUGGACGGAAUAUGGCAUUGGCAUGCUUUUCUUGUCUGUCCGGCUAUACGCCCGACUGUUUGUGGGAGGCCUUGGGGGACUGCGACUUGACGAUGCUUUUGCUGUUGCUGGAAUGAUAUUCUGGACUAUGCAAACUGUGAUCAUCCAGCUUUUAGGGAUUUUCGGCAACAAUAUUGGAUUAAAUGAGCAAACAGCUUUACUUGUUCCCGACAGCAAGGUUCCUGACAUGAUUCUGGGCUCCAAACUGGCAUUCAUGAAUUGGAUAUGGUAUAUCUGCUAUAUCUGGUGUUUAAAAGGCGUUCUUCUAUGCCUUUACUGGAAACUCACACAAGGAACAUGGCAUCGGCACCUUGUAACCGCAGCAUCAGGCUUUUGCAUCGUUACCUGGCUAGUCUGCCUACUCACCCACAUCUGCCUCUGCACACCAGUCACUCAAAACUGGCAGAUUAAACCCUACGCAGGAGACAACUGCACUCUCCGCAGUCCCCUGUACAUCGUGAUCGCAACCUUCAACGUCCUAUCCGACAUCUGCAUAAUCCUAAUCCCCAUCCCGAUUCUCGCCAAGCUCCAAGUCCCACUGCAGCGCAAAUUGAUCCUCGUCCUGAUGUUCUCAUCGGGAAUCUUCAUUAUGAUCUGCACAGUCCUCCGCGCCUACUACUCCCUCUCCUCAAUAACCAAUCUCGGCACAGCACUGGGCUGGGCAGAUCGGGAAUGUUUCGUCGCGGCAAUCGUCGUCUCAUUACCUGGUAUCAAGCCACUGUUCCGAAACACAAGUUGGCUUGGUUCGUCGAAUCGCAAGAACUCCAAGAAUCCUUACUAUAGAAGUGAUGGGUAUAAUGGGUUUGGGUCGAAGGCUUCUGGGAAUACGAAGACUUUUGUUACUUCGCGUUCGCGGAAGAGUGGUGGUUUCGAGCUGGAUAGUGUUUUGAACACUAAGGGUGAUCGACUCUCGGAGACGGGCAGUGAAGAACAUAUUCUUGAUAGCCAUAUGGGGGCUGAGAUUCCUGUUUCCCCGGGCCGAGACAAGAUGGCUAUUAGGGUGACGACGGAAUAUGCGCUUGAGAGUGAGCAGGGAGCAUCGGUUCAUUCUAGACCUCCGGUUUGA